AUGAGCUGCAGAGUACUCUGCAGGACGGAACGCGUGUAUCUAAACGACGGCGAACCCUUCCCGGCUGCCGCCGGCGCCGGCGCCGGCGCCUCGGAGUCAUCCUCUACAACCACCACUUUCGCCGCCCCCUCCGCCGCCUGCAUUUCUCGAACCUACACACCAAUCCACAUGCACACACGAAUUACUCCAAAUAGACGCAGCUCAAAUCACAGAUCAAACGCGCAUCCAUCAACCGCACUCAAAGACAACAAUCACAAUGCAGAUAACGAACAAAUCCACAAACCUGGAGAACUCAAGAUGGAAAAGAAGGGAAGAAAAGCUCCCGAGACCUCUUUAGGAGGAGAAUCACGGGAGGAAGAGGGAAACAACGCCGUUCCCGAGGCGAUCCGGCCAUUUGCACCGCCAUCAACUGCCACGCAUCGCAGCUUUGGGUCUCCACCUCUCUCUCUCUCUCUCUUCCCACUUGGAGACCUCCCGCAAACACGUCGCCACGUCCCGAACACGCUCCUGAAAAAUAAUUUCAUUCCUCCACGUCCAGAGUUUCCAUACAACGACCCCAAACGUGCAAUCCCAUCCGGCUACCUCAGCGCUGGACCAGUGAACCAGAUUAGCAUAAAUCCACAAUUGCAGCGGUAA